AUGUCUGGGAACGAGAGAAAUGUAUACCUCGACCGCGGUCUUUCCGACGAGUCCGAGAAUGAUGCAGGUUACGACUCUGAGGCCGCAGAAUUGUCCAAGACCGCCAGAUCCUCAAAGCGACGGAAAAUAGAUCACAGCCCUAGCGUUGAAGACGAAGAGCAGCGACGACCUUCAAGUUCCCCUACACCUCCUCGCGACUUACCUAAAGAUUCCGAAGACGAGAACAGCGGUAACACACACCACAAAGCCGCUACGUCCGAAAGUCUAAAGUCGACGAAGGACUCGAAGCAGAAAAAGAAACCCAAGAAAGAGGUAAUACCAGGCGUGAUAUAUCUGUCUUCGUUACCCCCAUAUCUUAAGCCAUCUGCUCUGCGCAAUCUGCUCGAGCAACGAGGCUUCAGCCCCAUCAAACGGCUAUUUCUGGCACCUGCUUCAAAACACAAAUCCUCGUCAAAGAAGAACUCGCGGCAGCUUUACACAGAAGGCUGGAUCGAGUUUGCUUCAAAGAAGACCGCCAGGCGGUGCGCCGAAAGCCUGAAUGCGCAGCAAGUGGGUGGGAAAAAGGGCGGCUUCUACCACGACGAUGUAUGGAACAUGAAGUAUCUGCGGGGUAUGCAGUGGGAAGAGCUUAUGGCAGGCAUACGAGAAGAAAAGAGAGAAGAAGAGGGCCGGCGAGAUGAGGACAGGCGGGUCAUUGCGCGGGACACUAAGAUGUUCGUCGAGGGUGUGGAAGAAGGUCGACGGAGGGAAGGUAUGAAGAGAAAACGAGAGAAAAAGGGUGGAACAAUAGAUUCAGAUGCAGAUGCCAGCAUCCAAAGGACGUGGAGGCAAGCUGAGGUCAAAGGAAGGGACAGAAGCGAUCAGGUCAAGGAAAAGGGUAUCAGUGAAGAUGUUAAGCAGGUAUUGGGUAAGAUCUUCUGA